GCGUCGGGUCAGAUACAUGACCGAAGGAGGAGGAGGAGAGGGCUCACAGCCGCUGUCCUCCGGUGGCCACACUUCAUCUGCAAAACCGUCAUUCAACAAAUGGCUGUUGGGAGAUAUUUACUUUAAUCGCAACGGCUUGUUUCUGAAGAGAUUUCUUAUACGGUUAGCUCCUUUCCUCCUUCUUAUUCCAGCUACAUGGCCAGCUAGCACCACCGAGCUAACUGUUAGCUGCGAACCCGGCGAAGUGAAGAGCCGAGGAGGGAAUGGCAGUUCACUCGGAUAACCCUUCCAGAAGAAACACCGACUAACCAGACGAGACCAGCCCAAAUUUAUUUGUCUGUUUGAAUCACCGAUUGUUGGUGUUACUGUAAUCCCCAUCAUGGUGCAGAAGUAUCAGUCACCUGUGCGGGUGUACAAGCAUCCUUUUGAGCUUGUGAUGGCGGCUUAUGAACGCCGCUUCCCCACCUGUCACCUCAUCCCCAUGUUUGUUGCAAGUGACGUGGUGGAUGAGGAGACCAGUGAGGAUGGUUCCGCCCACAGGAUCGAACGCCGCUGUGCCCUGGAUGUGGAUGCUCCCCGCCUUCUCAAAAGGAUUGCAGGUGUUGACUACGUUUACUUCAUUCAGAAAAACACGCUGAACAGAAAGGAGAGGACUCUGCACAUUGAGUCCCACAAUGAGACCUUUUCCAACAGGGUCAUCAUCCACGAGACCUGCUGCUAUUCGGUCCACCCAGAGAAUGAGGACUGGACAUGUUUUGAACAGACCGCCAGCCUGGAUAUCAAGUCCUUCUUUGGUUUUGAGAGCACAGUGGAAAAGAUUGCUAUGAAGCAGUAUGCCAGCAGUAUCAAAAAGGGAAAAGAAAUUAUAGAGUUCUACCUGAAGCAGCUAGAAGAUGAGGGCAUCAGUUAUGUCCCCCGCUGGACUCCUUCCUCUCUUUCCCUUGCUACCCCUCGGCCAAACAGCCUCUCUGCCAGCCCACCUGUCCUCCCCAAACACUCAAGCAUGGCUGCUGCUUCUGUCCCACCGACAACCGAUGCUAAAGAUGGCGCUUCACUGGAUUUAAAGCUGGACAGCAGUGGACUUCAGGCGGACAGCCUUGCAGAUAUUCUGGCUGGUACACCUGAAGAUAAGCUGGAUGCUGACUAUAUUAAACGCUACCUGGGUGACCUGACCCCCUUGCAGGAGAGCUGCCUGAUCAGACUUCGCAAAUGGCUUCAGGAGACACACAAGGGAAAGAUCCCCAAAGAUGAGCACAUCCUGCGUUUCCUGCGAGCCCGAGACUUCAACAUAGAUAAGGCACGGGAGAUACUGUGCCAGUCUCUGACCUGGAGGAAGCAGCACCAGGUGGACUAUCUGCUGGAGACCUGGAACUCUCCACAGGUCCUGCAGGACUAUUACACCGGUGGCUGGCACCACCACGACAGAGAUGGACGUCCUUUAUACAUCUUGAGGUUGGGCCAGAUGGAUACCAAAGGACUGGUGCGCGCUCUCGGGGAGGAGUCUCUGCUCAGACACGUGCUGUCUAUCAAUGAGGAAGGCCUGAGACGCUGUGAGGAGAACACCAAGGUGUUCGGUCGACCCAUCAGCUGUUGGACAUGUCUGGUAGAUCUGGAGGGGCUGAACAUGCGUCAUCUGUGGCGACCAGGGGUCAAAGCGCUUCUGAGGAUCAUCGAGGUGGUGGAGGCAAACUACCCUGAGACUCUGGGACGGUUACUUAUCUUGAGGGCACCAAGAGUCUUCCCUGUGCUUUGGACACUGGUCAGCCCGUUCAUUGAUGAAAACACCCGCAAGAAGUUCCUGAUCUAUGCUGGCAAUGACUACCAGGGUCCUGGAGGUCUUGUGGACUACAUAGACAAGGAGAUCAUCCCUGAUUUCUUAGGAGGAGAGUGCAUGUGUGAGGUACCAGAGGGCGGCCUGGUUCCCAAGUCGAUGUACCGCACAAGUGAGGAGCUUGAGAAUGAGGAUAUCCGGCUGUGGACCGAGACAAUCUACCAGAGCGCCAGCAUUUUCAAAGGGGCUCCUCAUGAGCUUGUGAUUGAGAUCAUCGACGCUGGCUCAGUCGUCACCUGGGACUUUGAUGUGUGCAAAGGUGACAUCGUUUUCAACAUCUACCACUCGAAGCGGGCCCCCCAGCCACCACGUAAAGAUCCCCUGGGAGCGCAUGGCAUCACCUCCCCAGGAGUCAACAAUGUCCAGCUUAUUGACAAGUCCUGGACUCUGGGUCAAGAUUACAGCAUGGUGGAGUCCCCUCUCACAUGCAAGGAGGGCGAGAGUGUGCAGGGUUCCCAUAUAACACGCUGGCCAGGUUUCUACAUCCUCCAGUGGAAGUUUCACAGCAUGCCAGCCUGCUCGGCCACCAACUUGCCCCGCGUGGACGACGUGCUGGCCACCCUGCAGGUGUCCUCACACAAGUGUAAAGUCAUGUUCUACACCGAGGUGUUGGGCUCUGAGGACUUCAGAACGGCUUGCUGUGAUGUGCAGAGUUUGGGUUCGAUGACCAGUUUGGAGUCGAGCCACAGUGGCUUCUCUCAACUCAGCGCUGCCACCACCUCCUCUAACCACUCCCAGUCCAGCUCCAUGAUCUCCAGGUAGAAACUGAUUGUGGAGGACUUGAAUCCCCUGAAGCCUGCCCUUUUCACUGCCCUUACCAUCAACAUGGAAGCCAACUCUUCUCCUGCCCCCUUGUUAUCAUCUUUGGACUCUGUUCCUCUUGCACAGCCAGUUUAUGUGGAACUGAUGCAUGCUUGCACAAACCGAAAAAGACGAGUUCUCAAAUACUGAGGCAAAAAGAAAAUGAAACCACAUGAACAAUUUAAGGGCUGAUUUUUGCACAAAGGUUGUGUGUUUUUGUGCCGGGCAUCUCUGCUGGGCAGCAGAUUGAACUGAACUGUUUAACAGAAUGUUUUGCUUGUGUCCCGUCUCGUGCUGGGUGGUGAGGUCAACCUUCUUCCAGCUCAAUGGAGGCUGGAAGAAGCAAUAUUUUCAUCCUGUGCGCUACGGGACCGAACGGAGACACCGGAGGCGCUGUUACAUAUAUGCAUUUACACUCCCGCAGUACUGAGACGGCGCAUACCUCAUCUAAGUGCGUCGGCUGAGUCUGGAUUUUCUGUUACAUGCAAACACACACCAGUGUUUAACAUGCACAAAUUGAAAGUGUUUAACAUAGUUACUGGAGGGGUGUGUGUGUGUGUUUCUAGUUAGCUGUUAAUAGGUCAGAUGUAGGUGGGUGGGAAAUAUCUGAACCAGAUCUGGGUUCAAAAUUGCCUGCAAACAUCUGGAGAUUAUUAUAUCACAAUGUCAUGCCAUUUAGGAGCUGUAGAAGAAAAAUAACUUUCACUUUUCCUGUAACUUGUUUGGAAAAACCCAUCUGUCAAAGUAGUUAAAUAUUUAACCAGGUCUGAAUCUUACUGAGGUAAUGUGCUAAUAGCAAUAACACAAGUUAGACUUUUUACUGUGUGAAAUGUUUAUAUUUAUCAUUAAGACGUUCGUGGAGGAUCAUGGGUGCUGCAGGUGAGCUUUUAGUUGUAAACUGUGUUCAGGCAGAUGGACGAGCAUACUGAACCAAGAAACAAACCAACUUUUCUGGCAUCGACAUUGACUUAAAAGUUUGACGCGACAGUUUGCUUUCUGUCCAGCGUCUGCACAAUUAAGGAACUCAAAUUUAAAUCACGUCGUCAAGGAGAUGCCUUGUCACUGGUUGGUGAAUGUGCUACUGACUGGCUAGUGCCUGCUAACAAAUGAGAGCCCUGAGUUUGCAGGGAUGUGAUGUUAGUGGGCGAAGCUGCCAUCAUUCUCUACUUAUUCAGAGUGAUGUAGAUAUAAUUGUGCAUAGAGGAUGAAUGUUUUAUGAUUUAUCUCUUGACAGUACACCAUUAGACAUAGAUACCAUUCAUGUGCUAGUUCUGGUGUUUGACUGGGUUUUGGGGGUGAGUAAUUGAUGGGUGAAGCAGUGAGGCCUGCACGCUCAUCUGGGUUUAUGGAUUUAUUAUUUAAGAAUUAAGAUGAUAGCCAUUUAAGAGCCAUGUGUCAAUAAAAACCGUUUUAGCCUUUGUAAGCAUCUCGUAGAAAUGUACCUGCUUUUUUCCAAGGUGACCACUGUAGUGAUAAAUAACCAUUUCAUAAUGCGACAGAUUUUUUACGCAGUUAGAGACGAUCAGUUGCCAAGAGUUGUCGGGUGCUGUUACCAUGGUUACUAAACGCAGCUGGAGUUUGGAGGUUUUAAUACUGAAAAUACAGGCCUCUGCCUGCUUUUUGUUACAUGAAACUGCAAGUUGUGAGCCAGAAAUGGUCUGCGCCUGUCUUCUCGUGAUUAGCUGCAAUAACGUGAAUGCUUCGCGGAGAAAGAGGACCUCCUCAGACUGAGGGCUGUAAGUGUGUGUGAGUGUGUAUGGUGUAAAAAUGAACGGUUUCUGCAGGCAAGGAGAGAAAUCUCUGCACUAUGAUGCAUAAACGCUUGGCUUCUUUUUUUCUGGAGCACGUUUAGAACCACAACUAACUUAGCUUCACCUUCUGGAGACUCAAUGAUUAAACAUCAGCUCAAAUGGAAAUGCUCUAAUGUUUCCUUCUUUCCUUCACUUUGUCGCUUGUGCACUCUUGUGUUUUGCUUUUGAGUACAUUCUGUUUUUUGGAAAGUAGAGUGGACCUUUGAUUGAAGCCAUAGGCACAAAGAAGUGUUCUCGGAUCUGAUGUUUUUCUGUUAAAAAUACCAGAAAAUCAUCCUGCUUUGCCGUCUCCUCCUGACUCGCAGCAUGUACACUUCUCAUCAAAUGAGGGCUAUAACUGUUUGUUUGUCUCUGCUUCCGUUUUCUGACAUCUUUGCAUAUCUUUAUCUUGUUGUGAGAAAAUUAUGUAAAAAGUAUAUUUGGAUUAAUGAGAAUAUGGCGCCUUUACAUUUUUGGAGUUAUUAAACUUGAAUUAUGAGUAAAGAAUCA